UACCUGUGUAUCAGUGUAAAGAUAAUUGUUUCUUUUGUUUAUGAAAAUAUUUACUGCACUUUCAAGUGGACACUUCAAACUGUCUGAUUUUCAUACAUACAUAUGUAUGUUUCCAGAUAAUAGGGGCGCUUAUCUCUGGUAGUAUAUAAAAUUUUAUUUGCCGUCAAACUUUUUUACAUUGACUGUGAUAUUUGUGUGAAUGAAAUAUUUAAUUUCUGAAUUAAAUUAACACCAUAAUGCUUGCACCAAGGGAAUUUCUAAAAGGAACAAGGUAUAUGCAGUUAAUAGCAUCCAUUUCCGUUACAUUUUCGGUGGCUGUAACGGGAAUGUUUAUAUCAUGGUCUUCUCCCGCAGUACCGUUACUGACCGGAGAGAAGGAAGGCUUAGAUUUCAAACUGACUACGGAACAAACGUCGUGGGUGGUGUCUGGUUAUAUUCUAGGAACUGCCAUAGGUAAUGCUGUAGUAGGAAUUCCUACAGAAAAAUUGGGAAGACGGAUUACCCUACUUCUUGGUGCUCCACUCUACUUUCUUUGUUGGAUCGGAAUUAUAUUUUCCAAGGACUUUUACAUGUUGCUUAUAUCGAGAAUGAUUGGUGGCAUAGGUUCAAGCACUGCAUUUGUGUGCUGUUCACUGUACAUUGGAGAGAUAGCUGACAAGGACCUUCGGGGUCGUCUGGCAUCUGCGAUGUCCGUGUUAAAACUGAGCGGGAAUUUGUAUGUCCUUUCAGUGGGACCUUUUAUGUCGUAUUAUGCCCUUGCAUGGAGUUGUUCCGUGAUACCGGUCCUACUUUUUGUGGCGCUUCUGCUUAUGCCAGAAUCCUCAUAUUAUCAUUUAAAAAGAGGCAAUGUCGAAAAGGCCAGAGCGAGUUUGGUGUGGUUUGCUGCUAGUACCACCACAAAUCAAGAGAUUGAAGAAAAAUUGGAGUCGAUAAAAGAUGGCGUUGAUAAGGACAUGCGAAAUAAAUCGUCCCUUAAAGAGCUAUUUACUAGUAAAAUACACAGGAAGGCCGUUGUUGCUAUAAUCGGCCUUAAAUUUUUACAACAAUUGUGCGGUAUCACUGCAAUUGAAUCGUACAUGCAGACAAUCAUUCAACAAAGUGGUAGCAGUUUAUCUGGGGAUUUAUCCAGUAUUAUUUUUGGAAUCGUACAGUUUGUAGGAGAAAUCCAUGGUUUCAACAUUUUCGAAAUGCAUUUGGGCCAUCUUGUUGUGCUUUAUGUUCACGUAUGUCAGACCAAUGGAUGGCAACUCCAUCUAUUAUCAGAGAUUUCUAACUUCUAA